ACGGUCACAUAAAAAGACACAUAGAUAUUCACAAAGACGGUUGCACGACUGCGAAUAGAAAUCACCACGGUAUAGAUGUCAGGAAUCAAACCUAUAUCAGAUUAACAGAUCAACACAAGAGAGCUAUUCGCGCCAUCAGGAAGAUCCGUUAUUUCGUGGCCCGGAGGAAGUUCAGGGAAGCUUUGCGACCUUAUGAUGUCAAAGAUGUUAUAGAGCAAUAUUCUGCAGGUCAUGUGGACAUGCUGGGCAGAAUCAAAAACCUCCAGGGCAGAUUAGAUCAGAUUUUAGGCAGACAAGGAAGCAAGAGUAAGGACGUGUACGAAUCAAAAGUAUGUCUGGCCUCGAGAAUCGUUAAGGUCGAGAGACAGAUACGCCGUCUCCGCCAAAGAGAAGAGCAGAUGGUACACUGA